GGCGCUUCCUGGUGCUCCCCCCCGCCAAGCGCUGCACCCUGGAGCAAAUCAUGAAGGACAAAUGGAUCAACAUCGGCUACGAGGGGGACGAGCUGAAGCCCUACAAGGAGCCGGAGGAGGAUUUUGGAGACACCAAGCGCAUCGAGGUGAUGGUGGGGAUGGGCUACACCCGCGAGGAGAUCAAGGAAGCCCUCAACAGCCAAAAAUACAACGAGGUCACAGCCACCUACCUCUUGCUGGGCAGGAAGAAUGAGGUGAGUGCAGGCCCGAGUUGGGGGAGCCCGUGAGGGGUUUGGAU